UGGAAUAUAGCAUUCAUCUCUAUUCUAUUCUAUUGUAUGAUACAAACUUUGAGUGAGUAAUGGUAGAAGCUGCCACUCCAUGAUUCAUCAAAUGCGUAAACUCUGCAAGGCUUUGCCAUAUUCUAAAACCUCCUUCUCAACCCCUUAUGCAUGUUAUAUAUGCAAUUGCCAUUCCCAAACGCAUUCAUCAUCUUCUUCUGCACCAAGCCAUGAACACAUUUCGCAGAUGAUUCUAGACCAGAAAUCCGCUUCCCAGGCGCUGCAAACCUUCAGAUGGGCCUCCACCAUCCCCAAUUUCCUCCAUUCUCAAUCCACAUAUCGUGCCUUGAUCCACAAGCUCUGUUCUUUUCGCCGCUUCGACACCGUCAAGCAACUGCUCGACGAAAUGCCCAACUCAAUUGGUGCACCUCCCGGAGAUGACAUCUUUAUCACCAUCAUCCGCGGCCUCGGCCGUGCCAGGAUGAUGAGAAGUGUCAUUAAAGUUGUUGACUUGGCGUACAAGUUUCAUGCCAAUCCCUCACUCAAGAUUUUCAACUCAAUUUUGGAUGUCCUAGUGAAGGAAGACAUUGAUAUAGCUAGGGAGUUUUACAGGAAGAGCAUGAUGGGAAGUGGUGUUGAAGGUGAUGAUUACACUUUUGGGAUUUUGAUGAAAGGACUGUGCCUCACAAAUAGGAUUGGUGAAGGAUUUAAGCUCUUGCAACUUAUCAAGUCUAGAGGGGUUGCCCCAAACACUGUGGUUUACAACACCUUGCUCCAUGCUCUUUCUAGGAAUGGCAAAGUUGGGAGGGCUAGGAGUUUGAUGAAUGAGAUGGAAGAGCCCAAUGAUGUUACUUUUAAUAUUUUGAUAUCUGGGUAUUGUAAGGAAGAGAAUUCCGUUCAGGCUCUUGUCUUGAUGGAGAAGAGUUUUAGCAUGGGUUUUGUGCCUGAUGUUGUGACUGUUACUAAGGUGCUGGAAGUUCUGUGCAAUGCUGGCCGUGUAACAGAGGCUGCUGAGGUUUUGGAGAGAGUUGAGAGCAUGGGAGGUUCGCUGGAUGUUGUGGCUUACAACACCUUAAUAAGGGGGUUUUGUAGAGUAGGGAAGGUGAAAGUUGGGAUUCAUUUUUUGAAGCAGAUGGAGAGUAAAGGUUGUCUUCCCAAUGUAGACACCUAUAAUGUAUUAAUAUCUGGUUUUUGUGAGUCUGGGAUGUUGGAUUUGGCUCUUGAUCUUUUUAAUGAUAUGAAAACGGAUGGGAUCAAAUGGAACUUUGUUACGUUUGAUACAAUGAUUAGAGGUUUGUGUUUAGAAGGUAGAACUGAAGAUGGUUUUUCUAUUUUGGAGUUAAUGGAGGAAAGCAAAGAAGGCUCUAGAGGGCACAUUAGUCCUUAUAAUAGCAUAAUAUAUGGUUUAUUUAAGCAAAAUCGUUUUGAUGAAGCAGCUGAGUUUCUAACAAAGAUGGGAAAAAUGUUCCCUAGAGCUGUUGGCAGAAGCCUUAGGAUUUUGGAGCACUACAAGGAGGGUACUGUAGAGGAUGCAAAGAGGGUGUAUGAUCAGAUGAUUGAUGAAGGUGGAAUUCCAAGUAUUCUAGUUUAUAACUGCCUUGUUCAUGGAUUUUCCCAAGAAGGUAGUGUCCGAGAAGCAGUUGAGCUGAUGAAUGAAAUGAUUGCUAAUAACUGUUUUCCCAUUCCAUCUACAUUCAAUGCUAUCAUCACUGAGUUUUACAAACAAGGAAAAGUUGAGAGUGCCUUGAAGUUGGUGGAAGACAUCACUGCAAGGGGCUGUGUCCCCAACACAGAAACUUAUAGUCCUCUGAUUGAUGCCCUAUGUAGGAAAGGGGAACUUCAGAAAGCCAUGCAGGUCUUUUUAGAAAUGGUAGAGAAGGGUAUCCUUCCUGACCUUUUUAUUUGGAAUUCACUGCUACAAAGUUUGAGUCAAGAAAAAUAUUUGAGUAAGAAUAUGCUCAAUAUAGAUGACAUACUCUAGUACCCUGGUUGAUUAUGCAAACUUGGCCGCACAAUCAAUUUAUCAGCUUCACACCCUUAAUACUUCCUCACCUAUUGAUAGUUAUUCGGGCAUGGUUUAUUAAGUGGCAAUUGAUGUAGACUUUCCAUGGUUUUAAAUCUAACACCAAG